CUCUCCUCUCGUCUCGCCUCAGACUCCAGUAAUCACACACUCACAUUACAGCUCCACGCCCUGAGCCUGGCCCGGACACACGGCGGCUAGCUAGCCCAGCACCGCAACCGCACAACGCGACGACGGGAGCGCCGCCUCGAGGUUCGGGCACCAUGGGCUCCUCGGCGCAGCUCAAGCGGCUCAAGCCCCUCUACCAGCUGGUGGUGAACAACAUCCUCGCCAUUGUCGCGGUGCCGCUCGCCGCCGUGGUGGUGCUCAAGGCGGCGGAGCUGGGGCCCGGGGAGAUCCUGGCGCGGCUGCGCACGCGCCGGCCUGCGCACAUUUUCCUGGCCGCAUUCCUGCCGGCGGCGGCCGCGGUGCUGUACCUCCGGCUCCGGCCGCGCGCGGUGUACCUGGUGGACUACGCGUGCUUCCGCACCAACCCCAACUGCCGCGUCCCGUUCGCGACGUUCCUGGAGCACUCCCGCGUGUGGCCCGGCUUCGACGAGCGCAGCGUCCGGUUCAUGACCCGCCUGCUGGAGCGCUCGGGGCUCGGGGAGGAGACCUGCCUGCCGUACGCGCAGCACUACAUCCCGCCGUCGCGGGACCUCGCGUCCUCCCGCGCCGAGGCCGAGCUAGUCAUCUUCUCCGCCAUCGACGACCUGCUCGCCAAGACCAAGAUGUCGCCGCAGGACAUCGACAUCCUGGUCGUCAACUGCAGCCUCUUCGCGCCGACGCCGUCCUUCACCGACAUGAUCAUGCACCGGUACAAGCUCCGCGAGGACGUGCGCAACGUGCACCUCGCCGGGAUGGGGUGCAGCGCGGGGCUCAUCUCCGUGGAGCUCGCCCGGAACCUGCUGCAGGUGGCUCCCCGCGGCGCGCACGCGCUGGUGGUGUCGACGGAGACCAUCACGCCCAACUACUACAUGGGGCAGGAGCGCGCGAUGCUGCUCCCCAACUGCCUGUUCCGCAUGGGCGGCGCGGCGGCGCUGCUGUCCACCAACGGCGCGAAGGCGCGGUUCCGGCUGGCGCGCGUGGUGCGCACGCUCCGCGGCGCCGCGGACAGCGCGUACCGCUGCGUUUACCAGGAGGAGGACGAGCGGGGCAACGUCGGGAUCAACCUGUCCAAGGACCUGAUGAACAUCGCUGGCGACGCGCUGAAGGCGAACAUCACGGCGAUGGGGCCGCUGGUGCUGCCGGCGUCGGAGCAGCUGCUGUUCGCGCUGUCCUUCAUGGCGCGCAAGGUGCUCAGCAACCGGAUCAUGCCCUACAUCCCGGACUUCCGCAAGGCGUUCGAGCACUUCUGCAUCCACGCCGGCGGGCGCGCCGUGAUCGACGAGCUGCAGCGCAGCCUGACGCUGCCGGACGAGCAGGUGGAGGCGUCGCGGAUGACGCUGCACCGGUUCGGCAACACCUCCAGCAGCUCGCUCUGGUACGAGCUCGCCUACAUCGAGGCCAAGGGCCGCAUGCGCCGCGGCGACCGCGUCUGGAUGAUCGGCUUCGGCUCCGGGUUCAAGUGCAACAGCGCCGCCUGGGAGUGCAUCCGCCCCGCCGCCAACGCCGACGGGCCCUGGGCCAACUGCAUCCACCGCUACCCCGUCCACAUCCCCGACGUGCUCAAGCACUGACCGCGCCGCCGAAGACCGCCCCCGUACGUUCGCAGCCAUUCCUGCCUCUUCCGCCUAGUGUCUCGCACCUCCUCUACUCUUCUAGCUAUUCCCUCUCCGGCCGCCGGUUCGUUGCCAUUGCCACAUUUGGUUGGGGUCGAGGGCUUUGUCGUGUCGGCCUGUCAGAGCGGGCGGCGGGGUGGUCGUACGUCUUAAAGGCGGCGGGUCAGGUGGCUCUUCGUGCAUGUGUGCGCCGCCGGGGCGGGCGGCGGGUGUGUUGCGGUCGAGGUGGUGGUGUAGUCGUUCGUAAUCGCGUCGCCGUUGGCUGUGUGACUUGUUCGCGUCGUAUUCUGUUCCCAUUUCUUCUUCUCUCUAUUUAUUUUUUGCGUAUUUUCUUUUAACACAUUCAUCCAGUAUAAGGAGAGAGACAAGAGCUAGACAAGGAAGAAGAAGAAGAAGAGGAUCUUGAUGUAUCUGUGUACCUACCAAAACUCCAAAAAUCUGUGUACCUAUUCUAUGAAUCGAUUGUUUACUAGUA